CCUUAUAACCAUAAAAAAGAAGACAUAUAGAAGGAUCAAUAAGCUGUUAGUGGCCCUUAUAAACCCAACAACAACAAGUACAGAUGAACUUUGUGUAAGAAAAUGGAAGGAGAAGUUUGUGCAGAUGAUCUGUCAAGUGUCCCAGCACUGUCCUGGCUGGUACGGCCUUGUGAGCGCUAUAAAGAAGAAUACAAAGACUGUCGAAGUAUAAAGGCAAAAUUUCAUCAGUAUUUCAUCCAUGGUGAAACGAAGGAUUGCAGCAACUGGCAAGCAGACUAUGAUCACUGCUUACAGUAUAGAAAGUAUAAAGACCUGGAGUCAUUGACUUCAGUGAUCAAAAGUGAAAUGAAGCGUCGCCAAGAGCGUUUAAAGGGUCACUACACCAACACUGUUUGGGAUAAACGAGAGUCACCACCAGAUGACUGGAACAAGCCUCUGCCAGAGUAUCUUCAGAAGACGCAGGAGGGGUCAUACCUAGCACUGAAGUCUAAAGAACAGAAGGAGGGCAAAAUAGAAGAACCAUCAUAUAUCUGCACAAUAUCAUAACAUUUAUAAUUGCUAUGUGAUGAUUUUGUACAUAAAAAUAUCCUUUCUAUUGUAAUAGUCUUCAUUAAAUGUUUGAGUUAAUAAAAAGCAGUUUAAUAACUA